AUGUUUUCAACAACACCAAUUAAAGAAGAAUCAUGGAGACAUGAAGGAUUUCCAAUGAAAUAUCAAUUGGACGAAGACGACGAAGAAGGGCUUGUUCAUUCGCCACAUUCAUCUUUUACCACGGAAAACCUUCGAUCUUCUGAUCCUAUGUUUUUUGAUAUAAAUAGAUGGAAACGAGAAGUUGGAACUGUGAUACGAUCGGAAAAUCAUGUUUUAAUACAUAAUGAUGAUGAGAUCCGAAAUGCAAUUUCUAAAGCAAUGCUCCUUGAUUCUGCAUCUGAACAUUUGCAAAGAAAGAGAAAACGACUCAUUGAUAUUCUAGACGAGCAACGUGUGGAAGAAGGAAUUACUGGAAAGAAAUUAUUCGAAGAAAAGCGGUCUAAAAUACAGGAACAACUUGGUCGUGCAUAUCCAGCUUUGGAGAAUAAAAUAACUAAAGCAUUUUAUCGAUCAAGUCUUCCAAUUGUUUCACCUGAUGUUAGACGUCCUCCUCCAUCUUUAUCAAUUCCGUUGCCACCAAUGCAUAUUCCACCUCCAUCAGUUUAUUUUAUUUCCACUCCAUCAAUUUAUUCUACUGCCAAAUCAUCAACUUCUACAGUUACAUCGAAAUUGUCGAAGGCAAUUAUAACUCCAACACCUCCACAACCUCUGAGUUCUCCACAUUUAUUGCCACCCCGAACUAGUGAUUAUAGAAAAACGUAUGCCGGCAACUUCAAAAGGUCAGAUACUUCAAAAGAAGGAAAGCAUGUGUUUGAUGCAACGAAGUUUAAAGCAAUGGUUCCACGAGAUAACACAUCAUGGCGUACUCCAUUCCAUCCAACUCCUGUUCCUCCUCCAUCAAUCCAUACAUUCCUCAAAGGAUGUCUUCCGUCUCCGUUUGUUCGAAAAAUUCCCGAGAUCACACCUCGGCGGCAUUCAACAGGAACAGAAAACAGACCAUCUUCACCUCUGGGAAGACGUUCACUUCCUCCGCCAGGACUCGUUGGAAUCAAUGUUCGUGGUUUAUUCGUUGGCAAUCGAUCAAACCGUCAACAGACUCCGGAACCCGAUGAAUCACCAAAAAGUAGUAGCUCAUCGGGUACCCCAUCUGAUAGAAAUUAGAGAAAAUGGGUGACUCUUAUCUUUUUUGUGCUUUUAUUUAGCUUUUUUUUCGUUUUUUUGUUAUGACUUUUAGCUUUUAUCCUGUUAGUUUCUUUCUUCUUGGUAAUCAGUUGUGUAGAGAAUCCUAAACAUUUGUGACUUCCCAAAGAAACCAAAGAACCGUUCCUAACAUGGGGCUCCACAAAACAAUCAUUCCAACUUCUCUGCGUCUCU